AUGCCGAAGCUCUUCCGGCCAGACGCCAAGGACUGGUUCACGAUUAAGUGCCUGAUCGCGCUGCUUGACCCCAUCGCAGCGACAUCCGAGCUGCUGGGUGGGCAGGGCUAUCCGACACUUGCACUGGCAUUUCCCUGUCUUCGCCAGAUUGAGAGGACGGUGAACAGAGAUGACUUGUUUGAUGAAGAAGCAUUACUGGUGGAGGACGCACCAUUCAAACAGACUGUCCUAGACCUCAUGACAACCGUUCGACUUGCUUUCGUGGGCCUUUUUGAAAGGCGUUUUGCAGAUCUGCCAACCGAUUUGCUUUGGAUAUCUUAUCUGGAUCCAAGGUUGACCAAUAUGGAGGGACUCACCAAUGACCAUGCAGCUGCUCGCGAAAAGCGUCUCAAAACGCGCUGCAGCGCUGAAGUUUAUCGCUAUCUCGACGAGGUCGCUGAUACAGAGUUUGAUGCAGAUCCCCUGGAGUGGUGGCGGCUGCAUGGUCGCUCGUAUCCUUAUCUGGCUCCACUGGCAAGACAAUGGCUGGCAUGUGUCGCUACCUCGGUGCCGUCGGAGCGAGCGUUUUCAUCUGCAGGCAACAUUGUAAAUUGUAAGCGGACCAAGCUGGACCCUUCACUUGUCCGGGAUUUACUUUUCAUCCACGAUAACUUCGAGUUUCCAGAGUGGGAGACGGACGAAAAAGCAACGAGCGACCCGAGUCACGAACAAGUCAACCAAAGCAAGUAA